AUGGCGAGGCGAGAAGACGACUCGUACACCAACGGGUCGGUGUUCGAGGAGGCGUCCGUGGAGGAAGGGAGGAAGGACAAGUCGGAGGCGUACGCCGAAGAUGUCGACGGGCAGCAGUCUGGGGAGGCCGGCGACGCGCUCUGCGGCGUGCCGGCGUCAGUUGCUUUCAUCCAGCAGCUCAUCGCGGAGUUCCUGGCGACCUUCUUCCUCAUCUUCGCCGGGUGCGGGGUCAUCACGGUGAACGAGAAGAACGGCAUGGCCACGUUCCCGGGCGUCGCCGUGGUGUGGGGGAUGACCGUCAUGGCCAUGAUCUACGCCGUCGGCCACGUCUCCGGCGCGCACAUCAACCCCGCCGUCAGCGUCGGCUUCGCCAUCUCCGGCCGCUUCCCGUGGAAAAAGGUCCCGGCGUACAUGGUGGUGCAGACGGUGGCGGCGACAGCGGCGAGCCUGAUGCUGCGGCUGAUGUUCGGCGGGCGGCACGAGGCCGCCCCGGUGACGGUGCCGGCCGGCUCCAACAACAUGCAGUCGCUCGUCCUCGAGUUCAUCAUCACCUUCUACCUCAUGUUCGUCAUCAUGGCCGUCGCCACCGACGACCGAGCGGUCGGGCAGAUGGCCGGGCUCGCGGUGGGCGGCACCAUCAUGCUCAACGCGCUGUUCGCCGGGCCGGUGUCGGGGGCGUCGAUGAACCCGGCGAGGAGCAUCGGGCCGGCGCUGGUGGGGAGCAAGUACAAGGCGCUGUGGGUGUACAUCUUCGGGCCGUUCGCCGGCGCGGCGGCCGGGGCGUGGGCGUACAACCUCGUCCGCCGCACCGACAGGACGCUCGGAGAGAUCACCAAGAGCGCCAGCUUUAUC